CUCUUGACACUCUGACUAACACGGUACCACUGUGCUCAUAGUUUCGAUAAAAAAAUCUCUGCAGUCCCAGGGACAAGGCAAAGCCUGCCGACUAUAAGAGUUACCUCAUCCGCUGCAAACAAAACUUAUCAUCAUUGACUAACCUACUGCACCUUUCACUUCACCUAUAGCUCACCGUCGCCAAUACCACACCACCUCAUCUACAGAAGUUCCUAGUAACAACUGCUCCCUGCUCUCUACAGUAUAAAGUCAACCCAACUAUUGACGUCGACACACUCAAUGCACCUCAACGAAUUCCCAUACGAAGUUCUUUCCAAAAUUCUCGAGGAGACCUCAAAGGCCAAUAUACGCGAUGGUCCCACGUACACCUUCGGCCUGUCCCAGGUACCGCUGCCACUCCAGAGGGCUUCCCUGCAACGCUACGUGAAGGGUCCUGUUCCACCAGAGAUGCUUAUGUGGGAUGCCACGUCCGCAAUCCGCUCGGUAUGCUGGAGAUGGCACGAGUGGUCAUUGGAGUAUGCCCUCAAGAACGUGUACAUUCGUCGCUGGAAGGGUGGAGAGAGAUGGGCUGAACUUUCAAACCGACGAGAGAGCUAUCCCCUCUACGAGCUCAUUGACCGACCGACGGGUACCGCCGUCUACCGCGACCCGUUUGCCUCGCUCAAGAAGACUGCAAGCACUUUCAACAAAUUUCCUGAGAUGGCGUGCAAGAUCAAGCGUAUGUGGUUCCAUGAUUUCUACACCGCCGAGACGAACCGUCUUAUUUUUGAUGCUCUCAAGAACUGCGAGAAUCUCACUUCCUUGUCUGUGCCUUGGACUACCAUUAGGCAUCUGGACGCGAAGUCCUGGCGGACGCUGCUGAUGGGCAACGGCAAGCCAUUGGAGUCGUUAGAGCUUCAGUGCGUUGAUCCCACAUCACAGCAAGCUGGAGAGAAGGAGAACCAAAUCGACCUGGAGCCACUACAGGGUGCCAAUUUUAGUCAGCUACGACGACUCAAGAUCUUUGGCGACACUACCUUCAUGCCGAUCACCGAUCGUGACCUCUUUGCUAUUGCUCGGACCGCCACACAACUCGAGGAGUUUCACAUGACCUGCAUCUCCACCAUCACUAUUGAUGGCGUUAUGGCUGUUGUCAAAGCAUCGCGCAACACACUCCGGGUUCUUGAGCACAGCCCAAGGUCACAGGAUGGCUUCUGGCACCCUCAUCCUGGAUCUCCAAGCGACAGUGAGCAUCUCUGCGAAACCUUCCGCAGCUGUCCCAAGUUGGAGACAUUGUCCAUCUCGCUCCCAUCUGUGUGCGCGGAUCUGUUUUCCAACGAGGAUGUAAAAUUCAAUCAAGAUCUGCAGGUGCGCGCACUUCACCUCUGCGGGCACGAGGAUGGCCGCUCGACUCGGGAAGCUACAGAUGACCUGCAGAAAUUGCUUGAGCAGGCGCGUAGUCUCAUCCAUCGACGUGCCACGAGCAUCGUUCCUCGCGAGCUUUACAUUGAACUGUUCUUUGCAGACUGUAUAUUCGAGCCUGGAUUCCAGUCCGUUCACGGCGACUUCUCUUUGGCUCAGAUCUCAUCCGAUGGCAUUUGGCCACAUAACGUAAGCUUCAGCGGCAAAGGCCCAUAUGGUAGCACCGGCCUAUACGAGAAAGAGGAAGAGGGCCCGUUCCAGCGUAUUGACGAGGACGAGUUCCUGGCUGGCGUCCGCAGGAGGCUCCACUCCAUCUCUACCUAAUUGUAGGACGACUACGACUAAUCACAGAUUUCAUUUCACCUGUACACCUUAUCAUGACUUUCAGCAUUUACGAAUAACGAUCCUAUGCAUUUGCGACGGCGCCUGGAUUCGAGAUACCAGGCCAAAGUUGCCACAGUGCAUGCGAAAAGAGUUUUCUUUCUAGGGCAUCGGGUAUGCCUCCAAAAAAAAUGGGUUGAGCGGGCGUUCACAAAUGACGGCAG